AUGUGUUUCGGAGAAUGGCUGAGGCCGAAUUCUGAUAUCCUUACAGGCUCUUGGGUACAGCCUAACGGAAUCAGAGAUGCGCUACGAGAUUUCUUGCCGCAUGAAGGUCAAAACCAUGUGACCAUGAAUCUCUUCACGCAAAGCCAUGAAAUCGACGUUCAUAAUGGAGCAAGUGUCCUUCAGCUGUUUGAGAUAGCGGAGUGUGAGCGUCGACGCUUCGGGAAAGCGUACAAGGCACUGCAAGAACUGGACGAUUGCACGCACAUUGGAUCUUCAGACCCUAAGGUGUCCCCACAAGAGUUCUGCCACCGGCCGCUCCAGAAUACUCCAUUGUAUCGCCCUCGCUCAGAGCCAAUACUUUCCUUACGCAAUCUUCAGUGCAUUGGAACUCUCCUGCAUCAGUUGAUCGAAGCAGGGAAGAACAAUAUCGAUAUGAUGUCAGACUCGAAAAGGCGGUUCGAUGCCUGCUUCUUCGAGGCGAGCGAUUUGGCCCAUCAAAUAACACGACUCGGAAAUUUUCGGAGCAUGAUUAACACAGAGGAUCGCGGUGACGGGACGUAUGACAUGGUGAUUAGCAUUCAGAUCGGGAGGCUGGAGCAAAGCCGGGAAAAUGAGAAGUGUGUCAGACAGACCAUAAUCUCAUCUCUCUUGAGUUACACCGAGACAACUCUCGAAGAGUUUAGGGAGCUUUUUAUGGUUGAUGGGCACUACGGCGGAGAGCUUGAAAUUCCCUUGGGUCUAUGA